ACCAGCUCUCACUCAGAGUUGAUACAGAGGAUGUCACCAGUAGGGGAAACCAUCGCUUGGAUGAAAAAACUGAAAUGGACCUAACUGCACUCCCAGCUUCUCCUUUUUUGAACACACCACAGAAGAACUGAAUUCAAAUUUUCAGAAAAUAUGAUUUGAGAUUUGUUUUUUGAACCUGCAUUUUUGAUAAAUGUUGGUUCUGAUGAUGCCUGUCUGCUUCUCUUGCUUUAAAGACAGCAUGGAGUGAGAAUGAUGUUUGCCUGAGAAAACGUGCACUAAACUUCUCUUUAUGGCGAAAAAUGAGUGACUCUAACUUGAGGAAUGAAAGCAACCAUGGGCUGUAUUUUGAAGCGUUCAACACAUCCGCUCUGGAGCGCUUCUUUCCAGAGGACAACAUCACAAAAUGCGGUAACUUCACCAUGGACCCGCAGGUUGUCGGCACCGGGAUCUUCCUCGCCGUUUUCAUCCUGGUGGCCAUCGUUGGGAAUAUUUUGGUCAUCCUGUCCGUAGUGUGCAACAAACACUUGCAGAACAUCACAAACUUCUUCAUUGUCAACUUGGCAAUGGCAGACUUGCUUCUGAGCACCAUCGUGCUGCCCUUCUCCGCAUCUUUAGAGGUGUUGGGAUGCUGGGUGUUCGGCCGAGUUUUCUGCAACAUCUGGGCAGCUGUGGAUGUGCUCUGCUGCACCGCCUCCAUCCUAAGCUUGUGCAUCAUCUCUAUAGACCGAUACAUCGGGGUAAAAUACUGCCUGAAAUACCCGAGCAUCAUGACAGAGAGGAGGGCAGUUGCUAUUCUGGUGCUUGUGUGGGUGUCCUCCACGGUGAUCUCCGUGGGACCGCUUCUGGGAUGGAAGGAACCACCACCCGAGCAUGAUACCGUGUGCGGGAUCACAGAGGAACCGGGCUAUGCGCUCUUCUCUUCUCUCUUCUCCUUUUACCUUCCGCUCAUGGUCAUCUUGAUAAUGUAUUUUAGGGUUUACGUGGUUGCCCGCAGGACCACCAAGAGCCUGGAAGCGGGGGUCAAACGGGAGAGGAACAAGUCCGCAGAAGUUGUGCUGCGGAUUCACUGCCGCAGCGUGCUGGAGGACGCGCGCUCUGCCAGCUCCAAGAGCAGUAAGAAUCACCCGUUCAGAAGUUCCCUCUCUGUGCGCCUGAUGAAGUUCUCCCGAGAAAAAAAGGCUGCCAAAACUCUGGCCAUCGUGGUUGGGAUGUUCAUCCUCUGCUGGCUGCCUUUUUUCUUCUUUCUACCGUUAGGUUCUUUUUUCCCAUCACUGAAACCAUCUGAAUCUGUGUUUAAGUUUAUCUUUUGGCUGGGAUACUUCAACAGCUGCAUCAACCCAAUGAUCUACCCGUGCUCCAGCAAGGAGUUCCAGCGAGCUUUUACUCGGAUCCUCAGAUGCCAGUGUUACCAAAAGAGGAGGGUCCUGCGUCGCUUCUAUGACCAGAAGUGGAGAACGGCUGUGAAGGGAAUGACCAGGGAUCAGAGUGGGGACUACACCGCUGGCUAUCCUAUGCAGGAAUCUUGUGGAAGGUCUUUGAUACGCAAGAGGAAACAUUGCUCACUAAGCUUAAAGAAACUGAGCCUUUUUUCUCCCCUUCAAAAACAAUCCUUCCAGUUCAAAGAAAAAGUGAAUGAUCUGUCGUGUAAAAUCAAAGGAGGAACAGGAACAGGAAAAGGCACUCCACCUCCCCUUGGUCCGACUGAUACGGUGGACACAGUCUCUAUGGGGAUUUACAAUUCCUGUGAGCAGAGUAGUUUUCAGUUCGACAAUCUGGCAGAGUGUUACAGCCUGAAAGAGACUGAUAUUUAGGGCUUCUGAGGAUACUUUUAGCUAUUUUCAAAGGAAUAUGCUGGUCCAGCUUUCCAGACACUCUUAUGGAGCAUGAUUCUACGGUCAGAAAAUGUCUAAAACUAAGAAUGAAGACUUGUGACACCAGCGCAAACUGGACUUAACUGGUAUUUCAUUUCAACUUGUUUUUAUGUACAGUUUUUGGUCAAAGCCACAGUUUGGACUUCUUGGAUUUACCUUCUGUCAUUUUUACACACAUUCACAUUCCUCAGCUCUUAAUGUGGGUGUUAGUCUGUGUUGACGUAGUUUGAUAAAUUAUAGUUCUGACAGAUUCAUAGUGUUCAAUUAUUAGGCAACUGAUGGUGCAUAUAAUACAACUGUGACAUCUGUUGACUAAAUGUUUGUUUUUUAAAUGGAGGAAGAACAAUCUUUCAGUUGCUUGGAAAACGUGUUCACAGGGGAGUCAAAAUGUAUUGUUUUGUUGAUUUUAAACUCUGGAGUGUAAUUUAUCAGAAUACAUUAUAUUGUAUUCCUUUUAUGACGGGGUUGUAAAACAGAAAAAGAAAAAUCUUUGCAAAGUUUUUAUUCUGUUGCAUUUAUAGGGUAUCCUGGCCUACAUAUGUACAUCAAAAUGUAAUUUGCAUUGCCAAGUAAAUGCUAAUGUGAAAUGAA